UGCUUCCGGAUGAGAAGGUGAAAUUGGUGAACUUGCGUAAGAAAAUACAAAAUGUCAGAAAAUAACGAAUACAAGGGGUUUAGAUCGUUACUGUCUUCCCGAUCGAAAGAACCAGAGCUCGACGCUAAUGCUCCAUUUGCGGGCGCAGGCAUCUUUGGAUAUGAUCCUAGAGUCUUACAGCAAGUCCAAAGGGAGGACCAGUACAUUUUACCAGAGGGCCAAGCCCAUAAACGAGGAAGGUUUGAGAUGGCAUUUACACAGAUUGGGGGAGGCUGCUUGUCAGGUGGAAUUUUAGGAGGCACCCUUGGUAUGAGGUCCGGUAUGCAGUAUGUGUCUGGAAAGGAGCUCCCCAAAAGUGUUAGAAAUACACAAAUAUUGAAUCAUGUAACAAAGAUGGCUGCCGAAAAGGGUCAAGCAUUUGGAAUAAUUGCUCUUAUGUAUAGUAUAUUCGGAGUGGUGGUUGAAUGCCGAUACAGCCCACUAUCACAGUUCGAGAAUGAUGACCUCAAUUCCGUCACUGCUGGAACUCUCACAGGAUUACUCUUCAAAUGCACAGGAGGAUUGCGAUCUUCAUUAAUAGGCGGAGGUGUUGGUCUCGGCAUCGCAGGACUAGCAAGACUUGUGUACAGAGAACUGAAAUAAGACUACUGAAAGGCGGUGUAAAACUCAUGUGAUAAUGUUAAAUAAUGUGUGAAGAUAUUUCGAAACAACACCAGGAUGGAGCUAAGACGCAUUAACAGGUCACCGCAGGAUAGCUUCAUACAGCAUUCAUCAAAAUGAGACUUUUGAAUGAACAAACUCAAAUUAUUUACCAAGGGAUUGGCAUCAAACACACUCAACAAGCUGUGCUAUAUAAAAUCCACAAUUUGAGGAAUUCCCGCUAAGCAUUUUACGAGUGAAGGGCUUGCAGGCUUGUGCUCAUUUUGACAACUGGUACAGUGUGAAUCAGUGGUGACCGGUUAUUUUAUGAUGAACCAAGUUUACCUUGAAAUUGGUUACUUCAAGGCCAUUAGUUAGAAAUAGCUGUGUUUUUUGUGUUCCUAAUUGGUCUGUGUAUCGAGAAUUCUAGCAUCACGAUCAAUUGUUAAUAUUUCUUUCACUGUUACAUUUGCAUUGCUUAAGCUUUAUGCAAGAAUGUGAUUUUAAUAACUUUACAGUGCAGAUGAAGAUAUUAAGAUUGUUUUUUUGACUUAGGAUCUUAAACUUAAAUUUUUACACGACACCUACAUUAUGUUGAAGAUUGCUCCAUGUUGGAAGCCGCUUGGGCUGGCCACGGCGAAAUCAAAGGUCAAUAGUUUGAUUGUGCAUUAUAACUAUCACUUGUUUGACUUACGUUUUAAGAUUACUGGAAUAAGAUCUACACAUUUAUGUCAGAUGUGGUUUGUACAUCAUAGCAUUACAGGGCUUCCAUUAAAUGAAGUCAUUUAUUCCCUAAAAAUGUACAAAAACUUUCAUAAUUUUGGAGAAAAUUUUUUAAUCAUCAGUGUUAUUGUCUUUUUUUCAUUCUGUAAAGUAACAUGUUAUGUACGAUGUAAAUUAUGAAACAAAUAAAAAGUUAAAACCUUAAAA